AUGAACAGUACAAUAAUGGAGAUAUUUCAGAAUUCAACAUUGAUAAAUAAUGCGAAUAAUUUUGGUACAAAACGAACAUUAUCACCAUUAAUAACUAUUCUUAUACAAUCUAAAAUUAUUCAAGACAAUAAUGAAAGUAAUAGUACAGAAACAACAUCAACAUCAAAAUCAAAUGAACAUAUAGAUAAUUCAAAUUCUGGAAAAUCGUUGAUUAUUAUACUUGCCAUCACAUUACCAACAUUAGCAACAAUGGCUAUUCUAUUACUUGUACUUUUAUGUUAUCGACGGCGUCAUUCAUCAGUAUGGCUUAAAAAAAUAGAGAAUGACAGUCAACUAAAGUCCAUUGUUGUAAAUUUAUCAACCGAAUCUGAUUAUUCAACAAAAAAGUUUGUCAAAGAACGUUUUCGUCAUACUUAUACAAAUCCUAAAACAGAAACUAUUAUUUAUAAUCGAGUGACUGAUCCAACUACACCACUUAUGCAAAAUUCAUUUUGUCGGAAAGAAGGCACAAUUAAUCUGGCUUUCGAAGAUACCCCAAAUCCAACAUUAAUAAAUUCAUUAUCGAGUGAAAAAUUAACUACAGGAGACAGAAUGUCAACGAUUGAUAUUGAUUUUCCGAUAUCAAUACAAUCUUCUGUACGAAUAAAUCAAACAUUUAUUGAGGCUAUUGCUGCACAUCGUUUAUCUUUAACUGAACCGUAUUGUUAUGAAUCAUCAAAUAAUCGUUCAUCAAGUUCAUCAAAUUAUUCAGAUUCAUCACAGAUCAUACUCUUAUUUUCACAACGAACAGAAUUAUAA